GCCUUGUACAAAAACUGUCCACCACAGGCUUCCGUAGGACAGUCAUAUGAAUAGUUUGUUUUUGUCGCAGUUGUGUCUCGCUGCUUCUUUUAAAACACCGGUUAGUUCCCUUCGAAGAAUAACUAGAUAAUGUCGACGCCACACGUUUCGAUACACGAGUCACAAUCAUUGCAGAAGACACCCGCGUAAACGUUACGCCGAGGCUCGACAGUUAGCAGAAUCCGGGAAAAAAAGAAACAAAGACGACGUCAUGCUUCGGUGGAUUUUUGGUGGUCGGGAAGCUCAAAGCUCCGUGGAGAAAGGCGCCGUGUUGUGCAUCGGAGAGGAACAGCCCAAAAACUGCUUCACUGAGCUGCAGGUGCUGAGAGGACAUUUUGACAUUGUUCGAUUUCUGGUGCAGAUUGAUGACUUCAGAUGUGCGUCCGCAGGCGAUGAUGGCCUGGUGCUGGUCUGGAACGUUGAGACGGGCGAGAGGCUUCGGGAGCUGAGGGGUCACUCCCAGCAGAUCACGGCCAUGACCGUGUUCCACUGCAGCGACGAGCUCACGGCGCACGCCCGCCUCAUCACCGCCUCCUCGGACCGCAGUGUCAGCUUGUGGGACCCCGACACAGGGAACCGAGUCCAGACCGUUUUGGAUCUCCAGUCUUCUGUUAAGUGUUUGCUGGUGUUGGAGCAUCUCAGCAUGUGGAUCUCCGGCGGUGAGGAGCUGUGCGUGUGGAGCAAAGACUUCCAGCUGCAGUGUCACAAAGACCAGCACAGCGACACAGGUGGGCGCCACCUUCAGGUUGCGCAGACACAUUUAAAAAAAAAUCCUUUUUUGUGUCCUUUUGCAGGAAUCACCACUCUGAUCGAGCUUCCCAAGAAGUGUGUGGCCGCCGCCAUGGACAAGACCAUCGUCAUCUACAAGCUCACAGUGUGUGAUGAUUCUCUGUCUGUGGUGGAGGUCCGCUACCUGGUAGACCACCAGGACCAGAUUCGCGCUCUGAUCAACGUCAGCGACGGGCUCUUCGCCAGCGGCUCCCACGCAGGCGAGCUGAUGGUUUGGGACGCGGUGGACUGGAGCGUCCUGGCCUACGAGCACAUCCUGUGGGAGGAGCCGCAGACGAGCGCGCACGCCCAGAUCCAACUAGGCGGACCCAAGCCCAGCGAGAUGUCCGUUCAGCACCUGGCGUCCAAUGGAAACCUCAUCCUGGCGGCGGUGGGAAGCGGCCUGUACGUGUUCAGCGUCCUGACUAAGACGGUGGUGGCGUACAGGAAGUGCGCCCAUGACUCCAACGUGCUGCACACCAUGCUGCUGUCUGACAGCGAGCUCAUGUCGUGCUCUGAGGACGGCAGCGUCAGGAUGUGGGAGAUCCAAGACCUGCCUCUAGUUGGAGAACCUGCGUCUCCAGGCUUCUUCGGGAUGUGGAACUUUGGCAGGUCCAGCAAGCAGACGUGUCCUCCAUCCAGUAAGACCGCCGACCUUCCCAACAUCAGAACCUUGGAGCUUACAGGCGACCUGAUUGGUCACUCGGGCGCAGUCCAGAUGUUCAUGGCCUUCAAGGAGAGCCUGGUGACGUGUUCCGCCGACCAUCAGCUGAUCCUGUGGAAGAAUGGCGAGAAGCAGUCGCGCCUCCGCAGCCUGGCACUUUUCCAGAAACUGGAGGAGAACGGAGGACUGUGACUUUGGAAGCGUGCGUGCGUGUGUGUGUGUGUGUGUGUGGGGG